UACAUUCGUUUAAAUUUUAUACCAAUUUACACGCUAGUAAUAUGAGUUCAAUAUUAAGUACGUAAUCAUCACGAAGUAUCCGCGCGGUUGAUGAUACGUUGAUGCGUAGCUGUCAGUCUAUGAUAUGGUUUAGAAUCAAAGAAUGAGUUUGAUUUAUAUCGAGAUAAAUAGUUAAAUCACAAAUAUGUGGCCCUUUUUUUCAAAAGAUUCUACCAAAGAUUUUCCGUAUGAAAUCGGUGAACCAAUUUCUGGUUUAGACGAUAAAAGCAUUUGGACGUUGCAUAGGGCUAAAAAAAAGGGUUCCGCAGGAGGUGAAGAUGUUUCAGUAUUUGUGUUUGAAUGUAAAAGUGGAAAUGAACAUCUUUUGAAUAUAGCUCGUUCAGCAGUGAAAAGAUUAAAAACACUUAGGCAUCCAAGCAUAUUGGCAUAUCUAGACAGUUUUGAGACUAAUAAAGCAAUUUAUUUAGCAACUGAACGCGUAGAGUUUUUAUAUAGUCGACUGACUAGGAAAUCUGACAAUGAUGAUGAAUCUAAAAAAGAAUUAUAUUUUUCAUGGGGAAUAUUUCAAAUUACUAGAGCAUUGAACUUUUUAAAUAAUGAUGGUAAUCUACGGCACAAUAAUGUUAAUUUAUGGACUGUAUUUGUUAAUGAAGAAAGUGGAGAAUGGAAACUUGGUGGAGUGGAAUAUAUGACAGCAGUAGAUGCUGUUUAUAACACACUACCAUCAACAUUCCAAAUAUAUAAUCCUCUUGACAUUAAGGAAAAUGUAAAGCCAGCUACUAAAUGCUCAGUUGACAUGUGGGGACUUGGAUGCCUGAUCUGGGAAACAUAUAAUGGUCCACUAAGUUCAAAUUUGCAACUUAAAGUUACUGAUAAAAUUCCAAAACAAUUACAAGUGAUAUAUCAAGAAUUGAUUAGUAGCAAUGCAGAAGGAAGACCAAAUCCUGCAGAUGUGAUAGCGCGUUGCCGUAGUAACGGAGGAUUUUUUAAAAAUGAACUUGUAGAUGCACUUUUAUUCUUAGAAGAAAUUCAAAUGAAAGAAAGAGGAGAAAAGGGUCGAUUUUUCUCACAACUUGCUGGACAAUUAGAAUCGUUCCCAAAUGGUGUUGGCAGAUAUAAAAUUUUGCCACAAUUAUUGCUUGCCUUUGAAUUUAGUGAUGCUGGAAGUGCAGUAUUACCUCCUUUAUUACAACUUGGUUGCCAACUACCUGAUAUUGAAUAUCAACGAAAAGUUGUACCGUGUGUUGUAAAAUUAUUUGCAUCAAAUGAUAGACAAACAAGGCUGCGAUUGUUGCAACAGUUAGAUCGAUUUGUUGAUCAUUUACAACCAGCAACAGUGAAUGAAGCUAUUUUUCCACAGGUAGUUAAAGGUUUCCUAGAUACAAAUGCUGCAAUCAAGGAACAGACAAUAGAGUCUGUUGUACAUUUAGCACCAAAAUUAGAUUAUAAUAAUCUUAAUGUGGAAACAUUAAGGUAUUUUGCUAAACUUCACUCGAAAGACGAAAAUGGCGGCAUACGUACUAAUACAACAGUUUGUUUAGGAAAAAUUGCUCAAUAUCUUCAUCCUCAAAUUAGACAAAAAGUAUUAAUUGGAGCAUUUAUUCGAGGUACACGAGAUCCAUUUCCACCAGCUAGAGCAGCGAGUAUUUUAGCAUUAGCUGCAACACAGCAAUAUUUUUUGCUGCAGGAAGUUGCAAAUCGCAUUUUACCAGCUUUGUGUCCACUUACUACAGAUGUAGACAAGGGAGUAAGAGAUAAUGCAUUUCGAACUAUUCACGGAUUUCUGUCAAACCUUGAAAUGGUAUCAGAAGAUCCCGGACUACGUGAAUCUAUGGAGGCUGAUGUAAAUACUGCAACACCAAGUCUUAGCAAUGCAGCAGCAACAUGGGCUGGUUGGACUGUAACAGCUGUUACUAAAUUUUAUCGUAGUCAAUCAGAUACACCUAAAUCAUCAAAUCCUCAUAAUGCAUCUAGAAUUUUACUGAACAAACCUGCUUCUUUAGAACAAGCUAGUAGUUCACAAAGCAGUGCUAGUACAACUGCCACAACAAGCAGUGCUACAAGUAUGACAUCAUUGGAUCAUGAUCAUGAACAUGAUUUGCAGAAUGUUACAAAUGCAAAUUCAGAUUGUGAUUGGGAUUGGGAUGCUGAUAAUUGGGGUGAUAUGGAACAACAACCUUCUACUACAUCAGGGCAUGGACCAAGUAAUAUUUCACCAUCUCCUCAUUCUCCUAAACCUAAUGAUCAGUGGACGAGUCUUGAAGAAGAACCAGAAGAGGAAGCAACACAGAAUGUAGAAGAUAAGAAUAUGUGUUCUGAGGUAGGUUGGGAAGAUUCAGAAUUUCAACCUUUAGAAGAUUUUCAACCUUUAGAACAAUCAGAAAAUGUUGAGAGUACUAAUACAAUUAGUGGAAAUAAUAAAUUAGAAGAAGCUAGAAGAAAACGUGAAGAGCGUAAAUUAGCAAGACAAAGACAAAUGGAAGCAAAAAGAGCAAUAAAAUUAAGAAACAAUGUUGUUGCUAAAAAACUAUAAUUAAA